GCGGCAGAACGACUCCCGUCAGCGGAUUGACGGCGGCGGCAGUCGAGCGCGGCGCUCAUGAUGCUGAAGCGCUCCGCCAUGCGACUGCUGCUCGUGCUUCCUUUCGUCGUCGCGGGCCUCAACGGCGGCGCGCUCGCUUUGGAGCUGUCGUUUCCGUGCGGCGACUCGGUGUGCUACCACAUUUGGACGUUCACCCCGAGAACGGCGAGCGUCGACGUCGCGUUAGUGAGCAACGCCGAGAUGAAGGCGACGGCCGCGGGCGUCAACGACCGGGACGCAAGAUGCACGGAGAGGCUCCGGCCCCGGACGCAGAAGACGCGGGAACUUCAUUACUGCAAAUUCCCAGGAGAGGCCUUCGUGGCUCAAAACGACGUUCCAGAGGUGAAAGCGACGCCGGGCGACGUCGUGUCUUUCCAGUGCAUCCUGGUGUCGUACUUGACGCUGGGCCAUUGCUUCGUAGCGGACCGGCUGGAGGUCUUCUUGCUGUGGGUGGACCGGGCCGGCGCGGUGGUCCAAGACACCUCCGGUCACCGCAUCCGGCGAAAGUCACCGUGUGACGUCAGGUUGACCGUCACCUUGCAAGCUCCCGGGCGUGAGGCCUUCAGGUGCCGGGCUCGCGUGGGAGCGAUCACGUGGACUUCGGUGGACAUGCGAGUCCAAGUACCAGCUCCCAAAGGAAAGGGCAGAGGAGGCUUCACAUUAGAAGGUGUAGAACCUCAGGGCAACAGCCGCUUCCAAGUCGGCGUGGUGGUGGCGGUGUUGGCGUGCGCCGCGCUGACCGCCCUGGCCGCCAUGUUUGUCGUGGUCAGGCGACGGAAGGCCUCGAACUUGGCCGAAGCCCCCUGCCCCAUCGCUAAUAGCAACCAGGCAAGUUUGGAGAUUUCACGACUUGUUCGCGCUUGGACACGCCCGAGCUCACCGGAAAGUUUUCCGUCCCGCAGGUCCCGGACGACGUCGUUUACGCAGACGUGGUCCUCCCGGAUGCGCCGGAAACCGUUUCCUUCUCUCACGCCGAAGACACGGAAUACGCCUGCGUUCGAUACCAGUAGUCGCGCAUAUGGCUUCGUCUUUUGUUAUUUUGGAUUUAAUUUAAUAUUUUUGGGAGGCAAGCGUUGAAAUGUGUACGUCAAUGUGUUUAAGUCGUCUACCUCAAGCAACACCACUUCCCUCUUUUUCGGUGACAAAAAGAAAUUAAGAGUUUCCUCUUUAUGGGGGAACUGUCUGUUCUUGUUUUUCUCUUUUUUUUCAAGAUUUUGAACAAAUUUUUUUAAUAGUAAACUAUAGUCAAAUGUAUAGUAAAAUUUCGAUUUUUUUUUUUACAAUAAAGAAAAACAAAAUUCACGACUUUUUCCCCACAUAAAGUUACGAUCAUACCCUCCUAAAAUGAAAGCUAUUUGCUUGGAAUAAUUUUUAUUGACUCAUGCUUUUUAAAAAAAAAAUAAAUUAAAGGCGAGUUAUUGUAGGAAAAAAUUAUUAUUAUUACUAUUGCAGAAUCACGAUUUUUAAUGUAUUAUUUGCUUAAUUAAGACUUUUUUUCUACAAAUAAUUGUAUUUAUAAAUAAAAUACAUUUAUAAAUUUAUUUAUAAAUACAUUUAUUUUAUUCUCAUAAAAUUAUACAAGUAUUUUCCUUGUAAAGUCUUCAGAACUUUAAUCUUUAAAAAAAAUAAAAAUCUUUUCCUUGAAAAAAAAUGCCAUCUUAUUGCUGUUAAAAUCCAGUCAUUAAUUUCAUGACAUUCUCAUAAUUAAUGAUUUUAAAAUGAACAAAUAUUUCCAAGCUUUGUAGUUUUUGAACAAUCAUUUUCAUAAAUAUAUUUAUAAAUAUGUAUUAAUUUAUUUGCUACAAACAAACAUCUCAUUGAGAAAUUUGUUGCUAUAAUUUAAUAAUGACCUGACUUGUUGGGGAAAAAAAGCCUUUGAAUUUUUGCCAACAUCAAACACUUGAUUGCAUAAUAAUAAUGAAUAUUAUUAUUAUAACUCAUUUUAACCAGUUUUGUCCAUCUGUUGUAGUACAUUGUGUGGUUUAUGUUUGAAUUGGAGGUUGUUGCAGAAAUGCAAUUUUUUUUAAACAUACUGUCUACAGUCUAGAAAAUAUCGUUGUUGACUAAAUGCUCUAUUAUGAACUUUAGCCUUGAGGGCCGUUUUUUAUUUUAUUUUUGUUAUUUUUAACACACAGAGACACACACACACACACGCCUGCCACACGCAUACACCGCAAGACACACUCCAACACAGACUCAGCAGGCGAGAGACUGCCGGAGCCGGUCCCGGCGUUGCCCGAUUUGCAUUUUAAAUGUUGCUCUCGGCGGCGCAUCCCCACACCUAAGAGAGGUGUGUGUGCGUGUGCGUGCGUACGCGUGUGUGACAUCAAGACAGAAUUGUUUACAGGAACAAAACCCAACAGAACAUGAAGUUCACUUUUUUUGUGAUUAUCAUCCAUGUGCCCUGCGAUUGGCUCGCCUCCUGCCCGUUGACAGCCGGGAUAGGCUCCAGCGCUCCCCGUGACCCGCGUGAGGAUAAGUGGCAAAGAAAAGGGAUGGAAGGAUACAUAUUACACGAGAGAGUUGAGUACGAGAACUGCACGUCUGUAAAAUACUGCCUCCAGGUGGCGGAGGCGUAUUUUGCACAACAACUUCAGACAGUCCUCAUAAACAAGCACAAACCAAUGGAGAAGUCACAGAUUUGCGCAUCAAACGUGUGUACUCACAGAUACUACACUCAUCUGUUAGUUAUGUUUUAAAACUUGGACUUGCAGUAGAUUUUUUUCCAGUUUUGGACCGUAGCUUUGAGUCUAAUUACUUUCAUGGACUUUUCUAGUUUUGUCAUGACAAAGACCUCUUUCAAAAACCUUUUUGAUUGCAAAAUUUUUUAAUAUGAUAUUCCAGAUUCGCCUCAUAAUUGCUUAAUUCAGUGAUUUUCUUGUGGGGAAAAAAAAAUCUCUAAAUUAAAUACUCAAACUGCACAACUGGCUAAAACUUUUCUUAACGAAAUAAAUUCUGUUAAAUUUAACUUUAGUCCCAAAUUUUACAAUAGUAAUCUCGUACAAUAAUUUUCAAAUCUUUAUUUAGGUGACAUUUUUACAUUUUUAAUUAUAUGUCCGCUAUACUUUAUCUGUGCAUAUUUACAUACAUAUUUUCUAAUUUAAGGGCAGUAUUAAUGACAGAACUGUGGAUCAUGUUACAGCAGCUAACAAUUUUACGUAUACUUUUUAGAAAUAAAACCUCUGCCUCAUUUUUGAUAAACACUGUAUUUUAUGGGGUUAUUAUUUUUUUAUUGGUCAUUAUGGUGGUACUUAGAAUUAUUUGAUUUAUAUUAAAAUGUAAAUGCCCACAUUAAAAUGAUUUAGCUUUAAUCUGUAUUCAGAAAUGUAAAAUU